UCUGACUGGAUAUCGAGUUUCUGAAAAUUCUAAUUUUGGCUGCAGGCUAUGUCAAAAAUAGAUUGGGAAACAAGUAAGAUCCAAUUUUCUGUCUAGCUGGAAGGGGAACGCGGGGUAGGAGGGUCUCAAUCUCACACAGACAAAUUAGCAACAGUCAGCAGAGAGUCCUUGUUGACUGCUCAUUUAUUCCAUCGUUGAAACCAGACCAACUAAAAAGCUUCCAACAUGGCGGACGAUGAGAAAAAGAAGUUGGAGGAGGAAAAGAAGAGGAAACAGGCCGAAAUUGAACGCAAAAGGGCCGAGGUCAGGGCUCGUAUGGAAGAGGCCUCAAAAGCCAAGAAGGCCAAGAAAGGUUUCAUGACCCCUGAAAGGAAGAAGAAACUUAGGUUACUGUUGAGAAAGAAAGCUGCCGAGGAAUUGAAGAAAGAACAAGAACGUAAAGCUGCUGAAAGGAGACGUAUCAUCGAAGAAAGAUGCGGUAAACCCAAACUUAUCGAUGAAGCAAAUGAAGGGAUGCUUAAGAAGAUUUGCAAAGACUAUUAUGACCGCAUGUAUAUAUGUGAAGAACAGAAGUGGGAUUUGGAACGUGAAGUUCGAAAACGGGAUUGGGAGAUCUCCGAAUUGAACAGCCAAGUCAACGACCUUAGAGGAAAAUUUGUAAAACCAACUUUGAAAAAGGUAUCCAAAUAUGAAAACAAAUUCGCCAAACUUCAAAAGAAGGCUGCCGAAUUCAACUUCCGUAACCAACUUAAAGUUGUGAAGAAGAAGGAAUUUACCUUAGAAGAAGAAGACAAAGAAAAGAAACCUGAUUGGUCUAAGAAAGGAGACGAAAAGAAGGAAGGUGAAGAAGAAGUUCCACCAGCAGAAGCUCAGCCCGCUACAGAAGUAACAUCGGCAGAAGGUGCUCCUAGUGCUGAAGGUGAACCUGCAGCAGAUGGAGCACAAAUACCAGCAGAAGGACAGCCUGCUGAAGGACAGCCUGCAGAAGGAGCACCAUCUCCGGAAGGAGCACCUCCAGCACAAGAUCAACCGACUGAAGGUGAAACAGGUCCACCACCUGAACCUGAGAAAGAGAAAACACCAGAACCGCCACCAGAAUCAGGAUUUGAAACGUUCAAGAAAUUAGUCAUAAACGAAGGCUACGACAUAAUCACAUUACCAGAAACAAUAUUAGCACCGACGGAAGAUAAAGAAGCAAUAUCUAUACCUAAUUAUUCCUUGGUAGAAAACCGUAGAGGCAGUGGAGAUGGUGUCAUUAUGUACGUCAAAGAUUCUCUAAAAUAUAAAGUUGUAGAUUUGGCAACUGCAGCUACGGAUACUGAACAUGCCACUCUAAGUUUCGAAGAUUUAUUAGAAAAAUUGAAGAGGAAUGGACAAACAGCCGCAGCUGAAGCAUUAGCUGCUGCAGCUUCACCUCCUAGAGAAAAUGCUCCGACUGCAGAAGGUGCUUCAACUACAGAAACUGGACCAGCAGCAGAAGGAGCACCAGCAGCAGAAGGUGCACCAGCAUCUGAAAGUGCACCCCCGGCAGAAGGUGCACCCCAAGCAGAAGUAGCUCCUCCAGCAGAAGUUUCACCAGCCGACGGUACACCAGAGCCACCGACAGAAGCUACACCAGCUGUAGAGGCGCCUGCUGAAUCCGAACCUGUUCCUGAUGCAGCGCCAGCAGAAGCUACUGCGGAAGCCCCUAUAGACGCUGAAGCUGCCCCCACAGAGCCUGAACCGGCUAUUUCAUCGCCUCCCAUUAUAGAAGCUGCUGCUUAACUUUUAGAAUCCUAAGAAAACAACUGCGAUGUAAGGAAAUAAUUAGGAAAAAGUUUUUUGUUAAAAAAUAUUUUUCUUGGAUGUAUUUAUGUAAUUUAUUAUUGUGUCAAUUCAAGUUUAUGUAUUGUGCAGCGUUAUUUGAUGUAUUCCAUAUAAAGCAAUUUAGUCCUGGUUAUAUUAUACCGAUAACUAAUGACCUGUAUAACACACAUUUUAUUGUGACAAUAAAAUAAUUUAGUUACUUU